CUCUACCACCACUAUCUCGCAAGAAAGGCACACGCUUUCCUCGCGCAGUAUGGCUCGUUUGAUUCCAGUCGUGAUUUGUUCGACCACGUUAGUUCGAGGAGGUUUUAUUUCAUUUACGAGCGAAAUCGUGCGCAAAUAAUCCAAGAUCCACAUCAUGGACGACGAGUGGGGAUAGUUGGGAAGAUGUCGAGGAGGAAAAAAAAGAUGUAGAGAAACCUGCAGAAGUGCCUAAGGCUAAACCAAAGCCAAGAAAAGCUUUGGCAGAAAGAAUUGAAGAACGCGAGAAAAAAGCAAGAGCAGAGGCAGAAAGGAAAGCUAAAGAGAAAGAAGAAGCAUUAACACCAGAAGAGAGGAGAGCAGAACAAUUAAGACGUCAAAGGCUCCAAGAAGAAGCUGACUUACGCCUUGCCAUGGAAACUUUCGGUUUGUCCAACCUUGUUGAUUUUUCUCACCGCAAGCCGCACAAAACUGAGAAGAAAUGACUUCACUAAAAAGUUUUAUCUAUUAACUCUUUGCACUCCUAUUUUUUAUUUAAUAAUACAAAUUUUAAGUAAAUUAUGUAGUCAUUUUGCCAAUAUUUAAUAUGAAAAUGUUAUCUUUCUUAAAAGUAUUAAAAAAAUUAUAUCCUUUCCGGUCAAAACGCUCAAAGGCAAAUGUAGUUAGUUAGGCGUAGCUUACUCAGUGUAGCGGAAUGUAAUAAUAAGAUGAUUGAAAUCACACUGAACUAACUAAAAGCCAGUGAAAUAUAUAAAAUUGUAACGAAAUCGAACUACUUCCAUGAGAAUCUUUUCAGUGAUUGUUGUUUUUAACUAAAGAAAUUUUCGACUGAUUGAUCCAAAAGAACUAAAGGUUUUGUGUAUUUAUGAGCCCUAUUCGUUAUUUAUAUUUCAAAAAUAACUUUAUUGUAUGCUACUCAUGUAUAAGGAUCUCAAGGAUAAAUAUGAAAACAGCCGUACGAGCGAUAACAGUCAAAAAUUCUCUGAAUUUGGAAAUACCUGGACUUCGAUCGGAAAGGGUUAAAAUUAGUAUCUUAUUUUCAAACAAGAAUAUGUUUAUAUUUUUAAAAUUUUUGAUUUUGCUACCGCAAAAGUGUAAAUUAUUUUGUAAUUUUACAUAAAAUUGACAUAAAACAGAUCUAAAUAGAAAGUACAGUAGAUAAUUAGCAUAAGUAUAUAAGCAUUGUUAUUUGUUUUAUAAUCUUGUUUAAUUUUAAGUUUGGCUUCAAUAUUUGAAAUAUUUCUUUAUCUUUGAAUCUCCAGUUUUCAAAUGAUAUUAAGUUACAGUUGAGUUAAAAAGACUCUACAUUUAGAUUUAAAAUUGAAGAUUUAAAAUUGAAGAUUUUGAAUUGAAGUUUUUAAAUUAAGAUGCUUAAUUAUUUCUUGACAUGAAUUUUAUAUUUUUGAGAUGUAUUUUAUUUUACUUUAGAAAAAAUCAAUUUAAAAAUUCCAAAGAUUGUAUUUAUUCAAGAUUUGAUAAUUGGAUCGCAAAGAGUUGAUUCUACAUUCAUGGCUUAAUGCAAAUUUUUAAUGGCUUAAUUAUAUUUUAAAGCUUUAUCUUUCAUAAACUAAUAUAUAGUAUGUUUGCCAGUAUUAAACGUUAUUGAUGUAAAAAUUAAAAUGAUUAUUAUGUAAUUUUUAAAUACAUUCCAUUUAGUAAAAUAAGUAUGUAACAUAAAACUUAUAACAGUUUUUAAUUGGACAUUUUUUUAAAAGAAUAAUACAAAAUAUUUUUUAUAUAAAUUAGAAUUAGAGUAAAAUAGUUAUGAAAAAAUUCUGAAUAACUUUUAUAUAUUCAAAGUAUUCUGUUUUCAUGUUAUUGCUAUAAAAACUAAAUAGAUUUAUAUUUAAACUCUUGAAUACUAUAUUUACUAUUGCAAUUACAAUAGUGAAGUGUUACUUAUUGGACAUUCUAACAUUUUUAAAUUUAAUUCUAGUAAAAAAAUUAAGUUGAUGUCAGGAACUGUACCAGAGAUGUAAAUCAUGUAUUUCAAUGAGUUAGUAUAAUUUUUCAGGAAAAUACAAAAUUGUUAUUGUAUAAAAAAUAAACAUUUCUAUUUCAUAAAAAAAUUAUGCAGACGUGUCUUAUUUAUCAACAUUGAUCUCCUGUACCGUUCCUGAUAAAUAUUUAAUUCUAAUAACAAAAUAUUAUAUAUCAUACAAAUAAUAUAAAACAAAAUUAUUUGCCUAUUAAAAUCUAAAAUCUCAUGCAAUUAAAAUUAUAAGUAACAUUUUAUUUAGGAAAGAUAUUUCAAAAUGUCAUUUUAUACAUAUAAUUUUACAUAUUGAACAAAC